GCCCUUCAUAAAUUGUUAAAUUCAUUUCCAUCUCCUCACUCCCAUGCAUGUCCCAAUUCAAGCUUUAUCAUAGAAAUAAUUAUCUGCCUGUGAUAACUCUUUAAUUACAUGGCCGCCGCACAAACACAGCUUAAACGCCGCCGAGAGGAAACCACUGAAUCAGUCGAUGAAGAAACCUCAAAGCGCCAAAAAUAUAACCAUCUUCUUUCCAUUCUCGAGGAAGAAGACGAUGAUAAAGAUAAACCCAUGCAAGAAAAUCUAUCAGCCAUUUUUACUUCCCUCCAACAAGAGCUCUACUCUUGUGAGCCUCCUCCGCCUUGCAACACGGCGGAGCAACCCGGUCCGGUAGUCGGACCGGUCGCUCCAAAAACGAGCUCCGAGGAAGGGGAUGAAGUAAGUGUCAUGAGGCGCCUUCUUGAGGCUUCUGACGAUGAUCUUGGAAUUCCGAGAAGCGGCGCCGUCGUCGACGGCGGCGCGUUGAAUGGGAUCAACGCCGGGGGGUCGCAGGCUAAUGAUGGGUUCUGGGAAGUUGAAGAUGAGAUCGCUAACUACUACGGAUUGUUAUUUACUACAUUCAUGGCCUAGUAGUUACGCUAGCUGGUUAGGUGGGGACUGAAAGCAACAAAAACACAAGCAUGGGGAGGAAACUCGAAACUUUGAAAAGAUGGAGAGGUGAUAGGGCCUAAGGGAACUAGGAAGAGGAUUUUGGGCAAGUAUGGGGAGGAAUGUCGAAACUCUGUGUCAAGUUUUUUAUCCUCAUUUUUUCAUUUUGCCAAAAAUAUUUCACGUGUUCAAUUUGGGCAAGUUUGACUCAGCUUUGAUUCAAAGAAUGUUCAAUUAAGUUGUGAAUGUUAGAUUGUUGUGUAUAACCAAUCGAUGAGAAUCUAUUUAAUUUAUUCUCAUUUAUGUUUUGUUAAUAUUAAGGGAAUAUGACAUUAAUUUGUUUGGUUGAAAAAUAUUUUAUGUUCAUUCCGUU